AUGGAACCGCCGAAGUCGACAGAAGCGGAACCAACGAACCCGGAGGCGGAACCGUCGAACUCGACAGAAGGAUCUGUUCCUUUCGUUCCGGAACCGAUGAAGUCAACAGAACGUGACGGAACCGCGCCGAAGUCGACAGAAGCGGCGGAACCAACGAACCCGGCGGCGGAACCGUCGACUCGACAGAAGGCGUUCCUUUCGUUCGGAACCGACGAAGUCGACAGAACCGGCGACGGAACCGUCGAACUCGACAGAAGAGGCGGUUCGACAAAAGAACAUGAAUCUGCCGAUAGAAGACGGAUGGUGACAGGAGAGGCGGAAACCGGAGAAGCAAUGCCCAAAGAAAAAGAAGCCCAAACUGAGGAGAAGAUGAGCUCAGAAGGAGUUGAAUCGGAAAAAGAAGAUGAAUCGGAAAAGAAGAAGAGCACGAAGAAGAGAAAGAUGAAGAGGACGAGGAAUUGUCUGGUGACGAAGAGAACAAGGUAUUAUCUUGUUUAUUAUGAUUAA